AACCAUAGAGCAGACCCAGAAGAACUAUUCACAAAAUUGGAACGCAUUGGGAAAGGCUCUUUUGGUGAAGUCUUUAAAGGAAUUGAUAACCGGACACAGCAAGUGGUUGCUAUAAAAAUCAUAGACCUUGAGGAAGCAGAAGAUGAAAUCGAAGAUAUACAACAAGAGAUAACUGUUUUAAGUCAGUGUGAUAGUCCUUAUGUAACAAAGUACUAUGGAUCAUAUUUAAAGGGCACAAAACUAUGGAUAAUAAUGGAAUACUUGGGUGGAGGGUCAGCUUUGGAUCUCCUACGUGCUGGCCCAUUUGAUGAGUUCCAGAUUGCUACCAUGCUAAAGGAAAUCUUGAAAGGUCUUGACUACCUACACUCAGAGAAGAAAAUUCACAGGGAUAUAAAAGCUGCCAAUGUCUUAUUAUCAGAACAAGGUGAUGUUAAGCUGGCUGAUUUUGGAGUUGCUGGGCAGCUGACAGACACACAAAUUAAGAGGAAUACCUUUGUUGGAACUCCGUUUUGGAUGGCCCCUGAAGUUAUUCAGCAGUCGGCAUAUGAUUCAAAAGCUGAUAUCUGGUCAUUGGGAAUCACUGCUAUUGAACUCGCCAAAGGGGAGCCUCCCAACUCUGAUAUGCAUCCAAUGAGAGUUCUGUUUCUCAUUCCGAAAAACAAUCCUCCAACUUUAUUAGGAGAAUUCAGUAAACCUUUUAAAGAAUUCAUUGAUGCGUGUCUGAAUAAGGACCCAACGUUUCGUCCUACUGCAAAGGAACUUCUGAAGCACAAAUUCAUUAUGAAAAAUGCCAAGAAGACUUCGUAUCUGACAGAACUGAUUGAUAGGUUUAAGAGAUGGAAAGCAGAGGGACAUAGUAGUGAUGAAAGUGAUUCCGAUGGGUCUGAUUCGGAGUCCAGUAACAAAGAAAAUAACUCUCAUCCUGAGUGGAGUUUUACUACAGUUCGAAAGAAGCCAGAUGCCAAGAAGCUGCAGAAUGGGACGGAUCAAGAUCUUGUCAAAACCCUGAGUUGUUUAACUAUGAUAAUCACCCCGGUGUUUGCUGAGCUCAAACAGCAGGACACAAAUAAUGCUAGCAGAAAGAAAGCAAUUGAGGAACUUGAGAAGAGCAUCAAUAUGGCAGAGGCAACAUGUCCAGGGAUCACAGAUAAGAUGGUGAAGAAACUUAUGGAGAAAUUUCAGAAGUUUUCUGUUAAUGACUCCUCCUAAGAAACUUCACAUAAUUGACUGCUGUUUCGUAUGGACCCAGUGAAACCCACCAAAACUACUUCAAGCUUGGCAGUGCUUAGCUCAUGAGCUCCUUGUGCCUUUUGGAUCUUUGCAACAUAUUGAUGGUGAUUGAGGAUUUGGAAGAACCUACUCAACUAUUUUGUGGGCAGUGCACAUGGUUUUAUAUUUUCAGGAAAUUAUUUUGUAAAGAACAACUUUUAAUAUUGUAGUUUCACCUGUUUAACCUGAUAAAUGUUGAGGUGCAGUUUUGCUUUUAGAAAUAACCAUUACUUUAGUUAAUAGAAAGUGCAAGUACAGUAUGUUUUGAUGCUGUUUUGUUCCUGUACAUGGGGAUGUACAGGUCUUUUGUAUUCCUCAGUUAAACUUUUGUAAAUCACUAACAAGCUUCAGAGAAAAUAGCUUUUUCACAAGCCUAUUCAAAACAUGUAAUGUAGUGGCAAGGGUAUUGCUGUAGCACCUGCUUCAACCAGCAUAUAGUUAUCAUGCCCUGAAAAAUAAACCUGCAACAGUAUCUAUUAUAAUUCUAAAUUGGUACAGUAUUUUAGGCAGCUCUAUGAUUAAAUAUGUUUGAGAGCAAUAUGUCGAUAGUUUGCAGGUGAUAUGUAGCAACAGGUAUAUCCUGAUGUACAGUAUGUGUAUUACCUUUUAGAACAGGUUUUGAAGUAGUAAUUCAAUCUUACAUCAUCAUGGUAGGAAAAUUUAAAGCAAUACAGUUGAGGGGGUGGGGCUUUUGGCAAUAAUGGACAAAACCUGAAGUCCGAUUUAACUUAAUUUUUUUCCUCUGAGUAUACACGCCUGGGUGGAAGGGAGCCAGAGAAGCUGAGCGUCGCAUGAUACAUACCUCAUGAGCAGGUAUAAGUGUAACACCAGCAUUCUGUGUGGUGGUGUUGUUUCUCCUGUAAGAUAUUUAUAUGCGUUUUUGUUCUUAAAUACAUUAAAUACAGUACAUCAACAUAAUUUGUUUAUAAUUUUCUGAAAGUGUAUUUUAAAUAUGUAUUUACCAGUUAAUAUGCAAAUAACUGAGUUAUAGAUAUUCUUUCACAAAAAUGUAGUACUGUGCAGUACGGAGUGAUUUUUUUUUUUUCCCAUAGAAAGUAGGUAAGACUAUAAAGUUGCUUUCAGUUAUCUAUUUAUGGUACUGCUAGGUGGGUAAUAUCUUCUCUUCUGGAUUUCGGUUUGGUUUGGUUUUUUCCCUUUUUCAACCCAGUAUGUAUAUUAUGCUGAAGUUUUGAACUGGGAUUGUUUUUCAGUACUUAGCUGUGGAACUGUUGGUGUAAAUUUAUUUUUGAUAAAAGCUGGGUGUGUUUAUUUUAUGGUUCAGACCUGCACAUUUUUGUUUUUGCACAAAAGUCAUUUUAAAGAAUCUGAAAUAUAUCUGCCAAAUAUUGAAAAAGUAAUGGUGUGCAAGUAAAUACUGCAUUUUUAGUCAAAUGUUGCCAUUACAUCGUUUUUAUAUAAAGGACACUUGUGAGAGAUGGUGGUUAGAUAUGCCAAGGACAAUUAUUUUCAAUGGUGCCUACACUGUAAAAAAUUACUUUUAACUCCUUGUUUUAAUUUUAAAAAAAAAAAUGUUUCUGUUUAAAACUUUCAUCUGCUAUAUAACUGAAAUUCGAUUAGAAUUUAUAUCUGAGAAAAAAGUCUGGAAAUAGUUUUUGAAAACAAUAAUGUUAUGGAUUAAAUAAAUAUUUUUAUAAAUGUAAAAGCA